AAGACAAAUUGACAGUAUGAACAGAUAGCAAAAUAUUAAUCAGAGAAAUGUGCAGGACAUCAUGUAUAUAUACCCGUACAACCUAUGGAAAAAUCACAACUGAGCACGAACUUACAAAUAUGGAAGGUUUAGGAAGCCUGAUGUUUGUUAUUUUGUCCCUCGUUACUGCGGAGGGACGGGAACCAACAGCGACUCUGACGGUGAAGGGAGGGGACUGGGGUGUAUGGGGAGAUGUUGAAUAUUGCGCGGAGGGGAGCUUUGCUGAUGGCUACAAAAUGAGGAUCGAGCCACCGCAGAAAUGGGGAGAUGAUACGUCGCUAAACAGAGUGUCCAUCACUUGCAGAGACGGAGAUACAUUAGAAGAGACUGGUGACGUCACCCCGCACCCCAACAUUAAAGUAUUUGGUUACUGGGGUUCCAAGACUUCCUGUCACGAAGGUGACUUCCUGACAUCAUUUGCCCUUCAGGUUGAACGUCCACAGGGAGCAGGGGAUGACACUGCGGCAAACUUCGUCAAGUUCACAUGUAGGAAUAUUACGACUGGAGAACCCUACGUGUUAGAACAGCAACCAGGGGCAGGUUACUGGGGAACGUUCGGGAAAUGGAGCGACUCUUGUCCGCGUGGCUCUGCCAUCUGCGGAAUACAACAGAAAAUCGAAUCUUUCCAAUCCAUAUGGAGAGACGAUACGGAGUUAAACAACCUUCGAUUUUAUUGCUGUCAAAAAUAAAUAAAUUCAAGAUAAUCAUGCAUUAAAGAAAGUCCUUCCCUUUU